AAGGAAAAAAAAGAGAGAGCACGCAGCGUCUGUGACUGCGCCGGUGGAGCUCGCCAAGCUUUAAGUUUAGAUAAGACGCACACAUGCCAUGAGCCGGACUUGAGCCUGCAAAAAGCCGGGAGAGGAAAAACCACAACAAGCCGGAGCGGCAGCCCACGCACGGAGAGAGCCGAUGAGAGGAAAGCCUCGGGGAGAGUGAGCGAGUGAGCCUGCCUCGGAUUUGUCCAGAAGGGCAGCCUUACCUCCACUUCGGCUCGGAUCCACGCGCCGUGUGCGGGUUGGGACCCCAAACAAAAGGCUGCCAUCACCCCGACGGAGAUCCUUGACGGCCGCGUGAGCGACAACGAACGAGGGGGAGAGAGACACCGAGAGAGAGUGGGAGAGUGGGAGAGAGGGAGAGAGGGAGAGAGAGAGAGAGAGAGAGAGAGAGGAGAGAGAGAGAGAGAGAGGCACACCGCUGGAUGCAAAAACAAACAUGAGCUCCUAUUUUGUCAACCCUCUUUUCUCCAAGUACAAAGGCGGCGAGUCCCUGGAGCCGACCUACUACGACUGCAGGUUCCCACAAAGCGUCGCCCGCAGCCACACGCUGGUCUACGGAGCCGGGGCGACCGCGCCGGGCUUCCAGCACCCGUCCCACCAUGUGCAGGACUUUUUCCACCACGGCACCACCGGCAUCUCCAACCCGGGAUACCAGCAGAACCCGUGCGCCCUGGCGUGCCACGGCGACGCGGGCAAAUUUUACGGAUACGAAGCCCUGCCGAGGCAAACGCUUUACGGCAGCCAGCAAGAGGCGAGCCUGGCGCAGUACCCGGACUGCAAGUCGUCGGGGGGCUCCAACCCAGGAGAAGGGCAAGGCCACUUGAAUCAGAGCUCCUCUGCCAGCCUCAUGUUCCCGUGGAUGAGACCCCACGCCCCAGGACGGCGCAACGGCAGGCAAACCUACAGCCGCUACCAGACUCUGGAACUGGAGAAGGAGUUCCUCUUCAACCCUUACCUGACCCGCAAGAGGAGGAUCGAGGUGUCGCACGCCCUCAGCCUGACCGAGCGACAGGUGAAGAUCUGGUUCCAGAACCGGCGGAUGAAGUGGAAAAAGGAGAACAACAAGGACAAGUUUCCGGGUCAGAGGGGAGAGGCCGAGGCCGAGGCCGAGGAGGAGGGCAACGAGGACGGUGAAGGGGAAGAGGGGGAAGAGAAGGAAGCGGAAGAGAGACAGGAGACCAAGGAGUGAUUUUAUGGGCCUUUUUAUGGUUAUAUGGCUGAAAAAAAAGAGAAAGGAAAAAAAAAGAAAAGAAAAAGAAAAAGAGCGCUCAUAAACAGAGCGAGCGCGUCAUCUUUAUGACCACCCUUUCAUUUUGUCAAGUGGGAACAGCAAUAUUCCUGUCAUCAAUAGGCACAUUACCCAAAGGGAUUGCUCAUUUUCUUGCGGUGGGGGGCGGGGGGGGGGUGCAAAAGAAGACUAAACAAUUUCUUUUAUAUAUUACAAGUGUUACCCUUGCAAAAAAAAAAAAAAAAUCAAAAAAGGGAACGAAAAGGCGUAUACAACGAUUCAAAAGUGGCCGAUUUGGGGGGGACAACUGCAUCAACAUCAGGGGAGACGACCACGAUACGGUCUGUAAAUAGACAAACACACACACACACACACACACACACACACAAAAGAAAAAGUCAUUUCAAAGUCGACCUCGACUCAGUGGAGGUUUUUAGUCGGAACAAACAAGCCACUCUUCUCCUCCUUCUUCUUCUCCUUCUUCUCGUCAUUGUUAGCGUUCUAGUCGGUUUGUUUCCACGUGCAUGGGCUAAAAACAGCCGUGAGCUCCUCACUCGCCUCAUUUUGGACUUGCAAUCUUUUGAUGCUACCUAAACCUUGGGAUAAUUGCAAUAGAAAUGUCUGAAGAAUAGAGAUUUCGUACAGUUUUUCAUUUGAAAGUGUCUUACACACACACACACACACACACACACGCGCGCGCGCGCAACUUUUUCCUUUUUGAAGUUAUGGAUGUAGCAUUGACUUGUUGAAGACAAUUAUUUGAGUCUUGGGAAGACAAUUAGCUCGAAGCCAAGCAAAGCAAUUCAGAGGGUUUUUUUUAAAAUGUUCUUUAUUAUGAUUAUGAUUCUAAUUAUUUUAAUCACGAAUACCUGGCACUACCUAAUGUUCCGAUCCACGUUGUUCACUUUCCACUCGAGACGUGGCAAAGCUCUGGAAGAAUGAAUGACAAAUGAUUUCCCCAACAACUAAAACUGCCUACGAAACGCAGAUUGUUCGGGACAAUCCCUGAAACAAUUUCAGCGAUUUUCUUUUACAUUUCAACGUGCUAGUGAAAUAGAGUAGUUGUCUUUUUUUGUUUUUUUUUUUUUUUUUUGGUUCGUUUUGUUUUUUGUUUUGCACUGAAUAUAACCUUUAUGUACGUCUUGUUCUAUAUUGAUGUUAACAAUUAUGCUCGUUUCCUGGUGUUGCUCCUGUGAAAGGCGACAUUAUGUCCCACCAUUCUUGAUGUAUGUAAAGUCACAAAUAAACAUGAUGGCUCACAAU